GGAAUGUGGAGGGCUCUGAGUACGCAUGCGUCAGAGGGACGCGGCCCUAAAGCUCAUCUUUGGCCAAGUCCGGGUUGUGGAGGAUUGGAAGGGGAAGGGCGGCGAAGUUUCUUGAAUAUCUCAGUUCCUGUUUCUUUGUGUACCAAGAAUUUUGAUCCAUCAUGGAUAAUAUGUCAACAGAAGAAAUUCAAUUAAGGGCUCAGCAGGUGACUGAUGAGUCCCUGGAAAGCACAAGGAGAAUCCUGGGUUUAGCCAUUGAGUCCCAGGAUGCAGGAAUCAAAACCAUCACUAUGCUGGAUGAACAAGGGGAAAAACUGAACCGCAUAGAAGAAGGCAUGGACCAAAUAAACAAAGACAUGAGAGAGGCAGAGAAGACCUUAACAGAGCUCAACAAGUGUUGUGGCCUUUGUGUUUGCCCUUGGAAUAGGUCAACAAAUUUUGAGUCUGGCAAGGCCUAUAAGACAACAUGGACUGAAGGCGGAGACAAUUCACCUGGUAAUGUGGUUUCUAAGCAACCAGGCCGUAUGACAAAUGGUCAGCCUCAGCAAACAGCUGCAGGAGGAGCCAGUGGUGGAUACAUUAAACGGAUAACUAAUGAUGCCAGAGAAGAUGAAAUGGAAGAAAAUUUGUGUCAGGUGGGAAGUAUCCUGGGGAAUUUGAAAACCAUGGCCAUAGACAUGGGCAAUGAGAUUGACUCUCAGAACAAACAAAUAGACAGAAUCACUGAGAAGGCUGAUACUAACAAAGAUCGUAUUGAUAAUGCCAAUGCCAGAGCAAAGAAACUCAUCGACAGUUAAAAGAUGCUGCUGCCUUCAUCUGGGAAUUCUUUCAUCUGCUACAUCCUCCAAUUUUUCCUGAAUCACUACCUUUCAGUGUUUGAAAUUUCUUUGUCCCAACAACCCAUUCCAAGCAAAAAGAUGGGAAGAAAGGAUCAAAGGAGUGAAACAGAUCCCUGCCAUUUGGUUUCAGAUUCUUGCUCUUUUCCCUUGUGAGCAGAUUGUUAUAAACCAUUCAGUCUUCCCUUUGGGGCUCUCCUCUUCAGUACAUAGGCAGAGGUUGUGUUGCAAACUCUUAAAAUUGUUAUCCUUCUUGUUCCACUCCAGCAGACUUUUGCUUUCAGGAUUUUUGAGCAUUGCCAAAGACAGCAACGGAGGAGGGAGAGUGUAUAUGCUCUGGGGUGGGGUAGAGAGGGAAUGUGUGAGGUUUGGGAGGAUUAUUUGUUGUUGCUUCUGUUAUACCAGUAAAAGUUCUGCAGACCCUAACUACAUUGAAAAGUUACAUAGAGAAAAUGUCUAGUCAUAUCCCAUCCCUUUUUGAAAAUAAUUGGGUUCAUUGCCAGUUAAUAUGACCCAAUCUCUUGGUGCCCCCAGGAAGCUGCCUGUGACCCUAGAAGUUGCAGAGCAUGUGCCUAUCUGUAUUGGUAGAGGGGGUUUCCUUUCUUGGGAGCUCCCUAAAAAGAUAAAGUCACAGGUCCAGGAACAAAAACAAAGUCCUUAAGGUAAGGGUAGUAAUAAAUAACAUGUUGGCUAUUUGUUUUUGAAGAUUAUGAUUCUUAAAAUUAUAAAACCUUAAACAUACAGAAUAGUCACUUUUCUUUUUAAUAAAGGAACUGAAUUUUUCUCCAAAUGUUUGCUAUACAGACAUGUUUUGUGAUCCCAGUUCAUGCUGCACUUUCCAGGAACACUUUGCCUAAGUUUAUGGUUUAAAAAAAAUUAUGUUCCCAUUAGGCUGCAUCCUUAUUAACUGAUCAUCUCAGUAUUUAUACCAUUUGGGGGGAAAAAUUGUAUAUAAUUUGCAGGUUAAACCGACAUUUCUUUAAAGAAAGGAUGACAAAUUGGUUAACAAAUUGUAUAAAGUGAAUUCAAGUUUACCUUAACGCCAUGAAUUAUGGUGUGGUUUUUUGGGAAGGGUUUUGUUUUUGGAGGAAUGGUUUAGGAGUUGUAAUAAAUAUGACCUCAAAAAGUAGUUGGGUUGCUUUGAUAUCUUUAGAACUCCCAACUUUAAAACUUGUUACCUUUCUCCACUAUAGUAGUCUACCCAUUCUAGGCUAUGCUUAUUUCUGUUCAGCUAGAAGUGAUCUAGAAAAUCAUGAGCUUGGCCUAGUUAUUAAUGAAGAAAAAUGUGAUUGCACUACCUUUUUUGGGGGGAGGGGGGGGUGGGUAUGUUUAACUUUAUCCAUCAUCAGAUUUGGAUCUUCAACAUUACCUGAAGGCUUAUAUGAACAGAUCAUAAUAUAUUUGUGCCAUUUUCAUUAAUACCAACAUAUGCAUAUCAGCUGUUUUUUCUGGAUUGGCUUUCCAUAAACCACAGCCUGACACUUGCAAUUUUGUACCUGACCAGUAAAACUGUUCUCUCCAGAUAGUAGGAAUUCUUUGUCGUCACUAUUUGAGAAGUAAGUCAACUCAACUUGUAAAAUUAAGAAAAAAGAGGUCUGUAAGUGAAGAGCCAAGUUGAAGCUGCCGUUAGAAUGAUCAGGUUUUCAUUAAUAAAACAAAAUUGUUUCCCUUU